CAGCUUAGCCAAAAGAAUAAAAACAGAGCGGUGAGAAAACAUGUGAUUGAGUUGGAGAGAGAGCAGAAAGGUGCAGGAAGACGCAGAGCAGGAGAGGAAGAGAAGAACAGUCACCGAGAGAAGAAGAAGGAGGAAGAGUGCAGCUGUGCUGGGAGCAUGUCUCUGAAUGGGAAGGUGGCUCUGGUGACGGGGGGUGCUCAGGGCAUCGGCAGAGCUGUGGUCCAGUCACUGCUGCAGAGCUCAGCCAAGGUGGCCAUGGUGGACCUGAACAAGGACCUCGGUGAGGAGUGCAAGGCCCAGCUGGACAGCGAGUUCGGAGAAGGAAACUGCACGUUCAUUGAGUGCGAUGUGGCCAACGGAGAUGCGCUGCGAGACACCUUCCAGAACACCGUGGACCAAUUUGGCCAUCUGGACAUCGUCAUCAACAACGCCGGCAUCACCAACGAAAAGGACUGGGAGAAGACCAUCCAAGUGAACCUGACCUCGGUCAUCAAGGGAACCUACUUGGCUCUGGAGCACAUGAGCAAAGAGAACGGCAAGCAAGGAGGCACCAUUAUCAAUGUAUCCUCUAUGGCAGCCUUCAUGCAUUCCCCUCACCAGCCCGUCUACACGGCCACUAAACACGGAGUCAUUGGCUUCACCAGAGCGAUGGCGGACGCGGCCAUUCAGGGCGACUACGGCGUUCGCAUCCACGCGCUGUGUCCGGCCUUCGUCGACACGCCCCUGCUGCAGUCGGUGGAAGACGAGGACAACAUGGGCAAGUUCGUCAAGUUCAAGGACGACUUCAAACGGAGCAUGAGCAAGUUUGGAGUUCUACAGCCGUCGCUGAUAGCAGAGGGCAUGAUGAGGCUGAUCACGGACACCAGUCUGCACGGAGCGGUGAUGAAGAUCACCUGCUCCAAGGGAAUCCAUUUCCACACCUAUGAGCCCAUGUCGGCCUGAGCUCCACACUCAGGACUCACAUGCUGAAGGAAAGAUGCGGCGCUCUAACCCGUCUGACUGCAGCUCACCAGAGACGCUCGGGACGACACGUGGACGCUGCAGGAGCUUCAGUCAGAACUGCGUCUGUUUGGAUUCGAAUCUUUUUUAUUUAAUAAUCAUCUGCAUAACAUGAAAACAGUGAUCAUACAAACAAUAUCCAGCAAGCCAAAGUUACAGAUGAGUUUUUUCGUUUUUAGCUAAUUGUUUGUGCGUCACAGGAAACGCUGGACCGUCACUGUGGUCCGCCUCAGAGAUGACGGCUUCUUUGAUUAGUGUUAUUUAAAGAACUGUAACAGUUACUCUUUUACAGCUGGUUUAUGUGACAUGUAAACACAAAUAAAUCAAUAAAUAUGGAGUUUUGAUAACCUAAACAAUAA